GGAGGAGCUAACCUCUUUGGAACGGGAGUGAAAAUAAUCGCUCAUGCGGAAACAGAGAGACACUUGCUCAUGACGCCCGACCCCAAUCGACCACUGCCAACAGAGACAUUCUUACACAAUCGUACAUUGCAUGUUGGAAACCAGACUUUAGAGUUGGCAUACCUGGGUGAAGCUCACAUGGCCGGAAAUAUCUUCAUAUAUGCUCGUGUCCAGAAAGUCCUCGUCCUUAUCGACGUUGUCUUUCCCGGCUGGCUCCCAUUCGCCAGUCUAGGAGAAGCAAAGAAUAUUCCGGCAUACUACCAAGCCCAUGACCAAAUAUUGCAGUACGACUUCGACCAUUAUAUUGGGGGGCAUGUGGGCCGGGCCGGCAACAGAACGGAUGUGCUCAUUCAGCAAGAGUAUAUCCUAGACUUGAUGCACAAUUGCGAGCAGACACUCAACGAGAGCGCGACAAACAAUUCCAUGAUCGGAGCUGCUGCCCUCCUUGGCCCAGUCUCUACAAAGAAUCCCGGCAAUAAAUGGGCGGCCUUCAAAGUAUAUCUUGAUGUAUUGGGCCAGUACUGCGCAAACAUAACCAACGAGAAAUGGCUUGGCAGAUUGGGAGCCGCUGAUGUCUUCGAGUACGAGAAUGCUGGGGCAGUCUUCGAGAGCCUGCGCAUCGACUAUGGGAUAUUGGGUCCUUUUGGAAUCUCGUAGUUGGAGGCGCGCUUCGCGAGGGAACCUAUUGAUCGAGGAGGCGGUGCUCAGAGGAGGUUAUUUGACGGAUGCAUAGGUGGUGGUAACAAAGCAGAGCUGAUAACCAAUGCAAAUGACGCCUCUGUUGACAUAAUGCUGCCGGUC